AUGCUUGCCAAUUCGGAGAAAUUUAUGCUAAGAAAUGACCGGGAGCGAAAAGUAAAAUCAAUGCAGGUGUCACCUGUGCCAUCCUCUCCUCAACCAAGAGCCCGGCCACUGACAAUGUAUUUGUCAUCACAAGAUCAACUCUUUUCUACUACGGAAGCCAACAACUCUUCAGUUUCUUUAGCAGUAACUGCGGACGGUGACGGCUCCUCUGUCAAUUCCUUUCGUACUAUGGAAACUUAUGACCAAGAAAGUGUUACCUCUGAUACAGCCGUUGAUUCUACAAUCGAACCAGAAGGUGUAAUUAAAUAUAUGUGCGACAUUGACGGAGGUCUUAAUUUAAUACUCGAACGUGUAAGACAAGACGCACAGUCUUGUAAGGAAGCGGCACUAUUUUUAAAAAAACGAGCUGCAAUAGAGGAAGAAUACGGACGAAUGAUGAUUAAGCUGUCAAAGGGUAUGCAAGAAAGUCAUCAGCACAAUGUCAACAAACAAGGUACAUAUGGAGAUAGUUGGAUGAAUAUGAUGCGGCUUCACGAGGCGAUUGGUGAAAAUCGUGUAAAAUUUGCUGCUGCUAUAAGUGACAUAUCGGAAGAACUUACGUCACAUUUUAAAGACACAGAAAAGAGUCGGAAAAAUUCGAAAGAUGCAGGACUAAAAUACGAAAAGAAUAUCCAAGAAGCUGAACAAGUUUUAGAAAAGGCUAAGCUAAAAUACGAAUCGCAAAGCGAAGAGUGGGAGCGUAAAAUAUUGGAAAAAAGUGGGGAUAUUGUUCCUGUGUCGAAGAGAACUCUUACGAAGUCAAUAUUUAAUAAUAAACCAAAAUCUCCAAUUCAGUUAGUCAAGAUGGAGGAAGAAGCCAGUAAGAAAGCUGCAUUAGCAAAUGAAAAUUAUAAAUCACAAUUAUCAUAUACAAAUGCGACACGACAUGAUUAUUAUAACGUUCAUUUACCACGGAUGAUAACGGCACUCAAAGAUACCGCUGAUGAAUGCGAUGCAGCGCUUCGAUAUCAUCUAGCGCGGUACUCUUACCUAUUUGAAAAUACUAUGGUAAGCGACGCUUUGGUUAUCAGCCCCGUAAAUUCGGAAGAUGCCCCUUCAUUACGCAAAAUUGUUGAAAAGAUCGAUAAUGAAGCAGAUUUUCAGUCAUAUGUGGUUGGAUUUGGUGCUAAAGCUAGGAAGGUGACGAGAAAAAAUAUUACAUACAAAGAGUACACUCUGUCACCACAAGUUUUAGAUAUCAUGAAUCCACGAAGUAUUUUUGGUGUUGAUUUAGCUGAACAAAUGGAACGUGAUGGUCAUGAGCUUCCGUUAAUAUUGGUAAAAUGCGCUGAAGCGAUUGAGCAAUAUGGACUCGAGAGCCAGGGUAUUUAUCGGUUAAAUGGGGCAACUUCACAAAUUCAAAAACUAAAAACAUUAUUUGAUAGAAAUGCGGAAGCAGUGGAUUUAAAAACUGAGGACUUUUUAUCAGAUAUUAAUAAUAUUGCGGGUGUUCUGAAACUCUGGUUUAGAGAACUACCAGAACCUUUAUUUCCUUACAACAUGUAUUAUGAAUUCAUUAAUGCAGCAA